AUUGGUUUGACUGGGAAUACCCAGACACGGGUGUAUUACGUUUUAAUCAAAUCAAGAAGAAUAAGUGCGUUUAUGAUGGAAAAUUAAAAGGAUAUUGGCAAAAGUGUCAAGAGAACCAUGCACAUUUAUCUAGUGCUGCUAUGUUUGCUGAGUGUUGUGCGUGUCACGGGACAUUCCCAGUUCCCCUGCAAAGAUGAUGAUGGACCAAGAUACUGUGCUUACGCAAACUGCACAGAGUGUGUUGGAUUUGACUGUAGGAGGGACGGCAAAAGGGAUUUGUUCAAAUCGAUGUGCUGCGCCUCGGACGUCGCUCAGCAAUUAGAAGAAUGCAUUAGACUGUGUGAAAACUCGAGUUCUACGAAUUUAACUCGGUUUGACCAUGACACGAAAGGACCUGCCCGAUUAUGCCCUCCAAACGAAAUUAUAGGGACAUGUGAACAAUGUCUCCGUUGCUCGGAGGACAUGUGUAUUGAGGAUGUACAAAGGGAGGUGUUUGGACAACAGUGCAUUCCAAAGCUAUACUAUGACCAGCUUAAAUCAUCGGAAUGCAAAGAUCUGGCUCAUACAUACAACAAGAGUACACCGUCCAUGGUAACGGAUGAUCUCAGACCAUCGAUUCCAACGAAGAGUGAGUAUUUUAACAUGAAUGGAAGGGGACCAGGAAGUGAGAUGUCUUCAUUACCGGUAGUGUCCAUCUCCAAGCAUGUAAUUACAGAGCCUGCAGAUACUGUGACAACGACUGAGUACCAGACCACAACACCUUCAUACCCAAGAACAACAUCAUCAGCACACUAUUCCACAAUACCUGCGUACCAAACCACAACGCCAGUCCACCUGACCGCUUCCGAACAUUUUUCUGAUGGUCGCUACGUUGGCUUUAGCUCAAUCAUUGCCGUAAUUGCCAUGCUAGUAGCUACUGUGGGCAAAGACGUUCUAAAACUUAUUGAUCUGAAAUUGACUGGGUCGAGAUGUUUGAAUUGGUAUAAUUCCUUGUUCUGCAAGUUGCCAGAACAGAGAGAGGAAAAGAGUGACGUUGAAAUUGGACUCUUGGAGACGACACAGAGUGAGACGGAUCAACGAUUGACUAAGAUGGAGAAUAAACUCGAGGAGAUGACAUCAAGCCUUCGAGACAUACUGGAUAAACCCGAAUCCGUAACAAACCGGCUGAUGCAGAAUCUGGACACGUUUAGCCGUGAAGUUUCUUACAUAAGGCAGGCAUUUCUUGAGAAUACGGAUGAAUACGAUUACAGGCUUUUCACUUUCAGGGAUUCAAGACAAAGGACAAUCUGGGGGGGAAUCAAUUCUGAAGUAUACUAGCACUACCUUUAUCUAGGGCAUACACUUCCUUCCUGCAAUGUACAGACGAUAUCAACAAAUGACUUCCCUAACAACGACUUCUUCCUUUGCUGUCAACAAGAGCAUGGUUUCGCACACAGUAACUAAUGUUCACCGAGAUAGUGGACAAUUUAAAACACUUCAAAAAUUAUAACAGAAGUGUGACUGCUCAUAAAAUAUUGAAUAUUUUUUCGGAAAUUGGACAUUCUAGUUUUUAUUCACAACUUGACUUAUUCAGAAAAACAAUUUCAUCCAUGUAAAUUUUGUAAAGAUCGGUACAUAAUAACUACUAGACCAGUCUCAUCCAGAUGCAAACUGUGUGAAAUCACUGAAGCCUGUCUAUGGUUAAAAAUAUCUGAUUUUGAUUUUAAAAUAAUUACCAUUCUUUAUAUGGGGAUGCUCCUAAUUCACCAUCAUAUCAUGUUUUUAUUGUACAGUUGAUUAGAUUCGCUAGAAUAUGUACAGAUGUCAAAAACUUCAGCUCUCGCAGUGAACUUAUGACGGAAAAACUUCUAAAACAGGGUUUCAGAUAUUAAAAAUUAAGGAAAACUUUCUUAAAAUUUGUUAAUGUUCAUUAUAAUCUUAUAUCAAAGUACAAUAGUAGUCUUAAAUCGCUGAUUGCUUAUAGUAUUGCUCAUCCAGAUUUUUAUGGUGAUGUUUCAAGGAAAAUUCGCAAAAUUAAAAUGUUUUCAGCAGGUAGUUGGACAGAUAAACUCAAUGAAUUACUUUGAUUUUAUUUAACUCGUGGAUAUAAAGGCAAUACUUUGAAGAGUGCUUGACUUCAAGUUUUUGAAGAUGAAUUCCUGAAACAAAAUAAAGGGUUAGAUAUAAGAUACGCCAUCCUUACACCAAGCUGUCAGUCCUUUGAUUUUAUGAAAACUUUGCAGAGUUUUUAUAGUUUAUUAUUAUUAUUUGUUUUAUUAUUAAGUUUACUUAAGUUAAUGCAUACUUUCAUAAAAUUUACCUGUUAAGUUGUUUUUUUUAUUUAGGAUUGUUGGGAUAAAAGUGAGGUAUGUGGACUUACACUGGUUUAAACCCCCAGUAAAUUUACAUUUUACUGACCGUACCUAACAAUCCUUGAUAAGCAUACCUAGUUUUUUAGGCUAUAGGCCGCAAGGCCUGCGACUUUUAUAUCUCGGAAAUCACAUCGGCAGAUCGACAUAACACUUUUAAAUUUUGGCGAAUUAAUGCGCACACGGGCGUAUCAAGCCCAGCGCAGUUAGAUCUGCGGUGGUCACCGACCUAAUUUACAUUAACAUUAACAUCGAAUAUACCUAGUAAGCAAUCUGAUCUAAUAGCUACAGACUGCGUUCUGUAUAUUAAUAAGCUUGCUAUAAAUAGCGCUGUAAUGAGUUUUCAAUCUAUGUUAUGCGGUUAAUAUAGUUCGAAUUAGUUGCGUUUUGCGUAAUAUAACGCAAUUGAAAAUGUACAAAAAGUAAUUAUUUUAAUAUCGGCGGGUUUCAGAACGCAAUAUAAAAAAUAGAAUCCACAAUUAGUUUCAAAAUGAAUGCGCACUGUAUGAAAUAAAUGCAUGUAUUAUAUAUCUGUGUUUAGAUUUUGCUUCGGCCGAGGACCGAUCAUAUCUACAUGUAAAUUGUAGUUAAGAAUAUAAUGUGGGUCAUCGCAUUCGGACAGGUUUAUUCCCCUGAAAUAAACUCUGAGAAGUCGUUAAAACCUGGAAAAAUAUCGAUCCUUUUGUGAUGCAAUUAAAUGCUAAUUUGGCGUAAAAUAUCAAUUCAUAAUGUUUUAAAUGAAAUUAUGAUACUUCAUUUUAUCCUACAAUCAGUUUUUUUUUGGUGAUUGUAGUUCAUUCAUAAGUAUAUUUAUAUAUGUUUUAAAUUGCCUAUAUCGGCUAUAACUUGACAUUUUUUAUUUAGAUUGUUAGUUUUUUAUUGUGUUUGUAUAAUGUGUGUCGCAUAAAACCAUUUUCUUGUGUAAGUACAUGCUAACAACCUUUUAACCAUUACUAAAUGAAUAGUAUACACUUUUACCAUUCAAAUCAAAUCGCGUAAAGCGUUGACAGGCUAUCGACGUGGUACAAUUUUUGUCAUAGUCAUGUAAUAAAUGAAACGGAAAGUAUGUGAAUAUUUCUCAGUUUGUCUCAAUAAUUUCAGUCCAAUUACUUGAGCAUGUAGCAUAAUGCAUAUUCAUAUUUAAAACACAACUGGUUUAAAUCUGUUCAUUUUGUCCACGAGUGACAUAUGUUGAGGGCAUUAUUAAGAUACAUGUACAUCAAAUAUACAGGGAAUAAAUAUUGUAUGUGGGUGAUUCGAUCCAGAGUUAUUUGGCUUUGUAGAAAAAAGGCCUUAAACAUAAACCUAAUUAAUAUGUCCAAUGCAUUUUGUUGGGAUGCAUUUGGUUUAGCUGGCAUACCAUGGUAGUAAAUUAAGUACGCAUAAGUCCAGUUUGAAGUGUAGAGUAGAUUUUACUAAAAAUCCUUAAUGAUUUAUACGUGGCAGUGCAUUGUUUAUGAAACCAAAGCUCCAGAUAAGGUUUUAUAUGAUAUUGAGAAUUACUCCAUACCUUAUAAGUAACUAUUUGGCGCAUUUCAAAUUUCAAGUGACUUAUACUUCGUGAUUUCAUUGAGAAUCAACAUUAAACUUUAAAAGUUUUCGCGAAGGAAAUUAUGAGCGAGCAUGUACUAUCUUCAGAUGUUUAUGUUAAUAACUAUGUUUUACAAUUGCAUGACUAUACUCACAAAACCCUGUAGGCCGAAAGCCAUUCAACGCUUUAAUCGCUUUGACUAUAUAUAGUAUGUAUGCACUGUGCUGUUUGUGGAGUUUUGUGCUGUUCUUCCAUGUUUCUUGUUUGUGAUUUUUUGUUUUGUGUUCUAUGUCUUUGGCGUUUAACCAGUGCCAUUAAACCGGGUUUAUGUUUAAACUUUUAGCUACCGAAAUUGUUUCUGUAGUUUUUCACAUAAGUAUUCAUAUAACUCCAAAUUUGACUCAGAUUGUAAGCCUUAUUUUUGAAGAAAAAACUUGUACUUGGCCAAAUAUUGAAUACAUCUCCACGUACAAUAGCUGAUGACUAUAGUUUCAAUGCAAGUCCAAUUCAUGGACAAUAAGUUAGUUCCAUAUUCCUUAUUUGAAAUAGGAAUAAGGGACUAACAUAUCGUCCAGGUCCCAUGCAUAUGCACCAACACCAUUCCAGUAUGACCAUAAAAUAAUACUUGUAAACUUCUUUUUCUUUUCUUUUUCAUCAUGAAAUAGUCAAAAUUAUGUCAAUUUAACAAAUGAUUACAAUUAAUGAUAACAGGAAAUUAUGUUGUUAGAAAGAUAACCCUUCAUGGUAACCCAGUCUUACGAAUGAGAAGUUUAAUUUGAGUACAAAAGAGUGAAAAUAAAUAAUGAAUUUUGUGAAAACAAACAUCAACAGCUAUUUAAACAUGCAUGUACAUAAAAAUGUAGAGACAUAUGUUUUAUACAACUUUUAUCAACUGCAAAAGGAACAUAUAAUAGCAUAAUGUUUCAGAUUCUAACAUGAUUGGAACAAAUGAGUAUCAAAAAGAUUCAAUUGACAAAAUUUAAAGAAAACAUACAAUGUAUGGAAUGACUUAAUACUCAGAAUUUAAUAUGACUUUGCUAAUAUUGAGAAAUAAAUCCGUUAUUCAUAUAAUAUAAAAAAGGUGGAUUAUGAAAGUUUUAAAUAUACCAACAUUAUGGAAGGGUCAUCGUGGACAAAAGUACAUCCUGUAUGAUUCAAUGUAAAAUAGUGUGUUUUGAUGACUUAUUUCAAGUUCAAUCAUAAGAAAGCUCAUUUCGGUUAAGACGGACAACUAAAAGUCAUCUCGAGUGCAGAUAUGUAAAAAUAUCUUCUUUUUUCACUAAAACACGAUUUUGACUGUGGGUUGGCUAUUUCAAAGAUCUCUUAAAUCUUUAGUUUUUGCAUUAAACUUCAAAUCAAACAUUGCUUUUCUUGGAAAUGAUUUUCACAUGUAAAUUAUGACGUUUUAUUAAAACGAAAACUAAAAGGUUAUCUUUAAGGGCAAUUUACACUUAUUCGGAAGUGUCGACUCAUUGUUACAUGAUAAAAACAUGGUUUUACCAUCUCAGACCAUUGGAUACGUUCUAUAUAGGUUUUGAAGCUGAAUGGUUGGUGAUUUCAUAAACAGGCUGAACAUGCUGGAUCUAAUUGAUCUACGUUUUAUUGUUUACAUUGGUCACGCAUUGUUAGCCCUCGUACACCGGAUAUUGUUAUUCUAAGUUCAACCAAUUUGUUUUUCUAAGGAAAAACAUAACAUUUUUAACAUUGAUUAAUGUUUAGUACACAAGUGGAACUUUCUUCCCAUUUGAGAAGGUGUUGGGGUCGUGGAGCUCUAGAAAUCAGUGUUAUCUUGCUUUCUAAUUAGUCAAUUGACUUUAUAAUGCAUAAUAAAUAUAUUUAGUGGUCUGUGAA